CGUGAAGAAGGAUCGUUUUGGAAUAAUUGAAUAUUAAGAUAAAAAAAUAAAUAAAAAUAAAAACAUGGACUCUGAGUAUUUAAAGAGAAGCCUGGGGAAGUGUUUGGCGGACGGACUCGCUCAGGUGGCGGAGCAGCGUCCGGUGAACCCCAUCCGGUUUCUCUCCCACUGGCUCUACUGGGUCAACUCCAACGCUGAGCAGGAGGCAGAGAAAAAGGCCAAUUUGGCGAUUCUGCAGCAGGAGAAGGCGAAAGCCAGAGAGGAGGCGUUGCACCAGGAGAAGCUGAGGGAGGAGGAGCGAAAGAUCAGGGAGGCCUUGGAAGAGUCCAACAGAAAAAUUUUUGAGAAGCAUGAUGAGCCCACGUCAGCCACAACUGGAGCUGCUGCUGAGGACGACAAGCCUGUGACAGAAGAGAAACUAAACCCCUCUGAUCCAGAAAACCAGCAAGACACAAACAAACACCAAGAUGAAAAUCAGGAACAGGAAACUGAACCGCAGGUUACAGAUAAUGUGUCCAGUCCAGAGUCGCCCGAGAGUAAACCUCUGGAGGCAAGUAGCUCCGCCCUCCCCGAGGCCCUCAGCACCGAGAUCAAACAGGAGUCUGCAGAAAUGCCUGAUGAAAAAAACAAAGAGGAAGAAGAGAAAACUGAGGUGGAGCCGAGUGACGGUCGUGUAGAAGAGGAAACUGUAAUCACCAAUCCAAUAGAAGAGAAAGAAAAUGAUGAAGAUGAAGAUCAGGUGGUCGAUGAAGCCGACACAACUGAAGCAUUACGCUCGACUCCCAGCCGAGACGUUGACGACUUAAAACCAGAAGAGCUACUGGACAAAGAAAGCCCUCGCACCUCUCCAGACGCAGAGAAGCAGGUCGAUGGAGACGAAACCGGUAAGUUGGAGGUGGAACCACAGAGUGAAGAUCCCAAACCGGAGGAGCCACGGGAAUCUGGUUCUCCACCUCUUCAGGACCAGGAAAAGGAGGAAGACGAGCAACGUUCAGCUGAGACCACUGAUAUCUCGGCUCCAGCUGACGGUGACGAGAAACCACAAGAGGAGCCUGAAAACUCUCCUCCAGACACGGAGGACGUCCAGGAGAAGGAAGAAGAACAAGAAGCAGAUCAUAAGUGAUCAAACCAGUGUCGUCUGACGAUCCAUCUGUUCUUAACAAUGAUUUUAUAGCUGCAGUAUAUGUGUAGUUUGAUGUGCAAAUACAAAAUAAACAU